AGCCCCGCCCCCGGGCCCGCCCCGCGGCGCAUUGUGGGAUCUGUCAGCCCCACCGGAGCCUGACGCGGCGCUCGGUCAUGGGGAUCCAGCCGAGCCCGGUCCUGCUGGCCUCUCUGGGGGUGGGGCUGCUUACUCUGUUCGGACUGGCUGUGGGUGCCUACCUGGUUCGAAGAUCCCGCCGGCCGCAGGUCACUCUCCAGGACCCGGAUGAGAAGUAUCUGCUGCGACUGCUAGACAAGACCACCGUGAGCCAUAACACCAGGAGGUUCCGCUUUGCCCUGCCCACCGCCCACCACAUUCUGGGACUGCCUGUGGGCAAGCAUGUCUACCUCUCUGCCCGAGUUGAUGGCAGUCUGGUCAUCAGGCCUUACACUCCUGUCACCGGUGAUGAAGACCGAGGCUACGUGGAUCUUGUCAUCAAGGUUUAUCAAAAAGGUGUGCACCCCAAAUUUCCUGAAGGAGGAAAGAUGUCUCAGUACCUGGAUAGCCUGAAGAUUGGGGAUGUGGUUGAGUUCCGGGGGCCAAGUGGGUUGCUCAGUUAUGCUGGAAAAGGGAAUUUUAACAUUCAGCCCAACAAAAAAUCUCCACCUGAACUGCGAGUGGCAAAGAAAUUGGGAAUGAUUGCUGGUGGGACAGGAAUCACCCCGAUGCUGCAGCUGAUCCGGGCCAUCCUCAAAGUCCCUGAAGAUCCAACUCAGUGCUUUCUGCUCUUUGCUAACCAGACUGAAAAGGACAUAAUCCUACGGGAGGACCUAGAGGAGCUGCAGGCCCAGUAUCCCAACCGCUUUAAGCUCUGGUUCACUCUGGACCACCCUCCGGAAGAGUGGACCUACAGCAAGGGCUUCGUGACUGCUGACAUGAUCCAGGAGCACCUGCCCGCCCCCGCCGAUGACGUCCUGCUGCUGCUCUGUGGGCCACCGCCCAUGGUGCAGCUGGCCUGCCACCCGAACUUGGACAAGCUGGGCUAUUCACAAAAGAUGCGGUUCACCUACUGAGCGUCUCGACGCCUCCCUCACCCCAUGCGUGCGGUUGUCGGUCGUCCCCAGUCAGUUCGCGACCACCACGAGGUCAAGUGCCUUUGUUUUGUGUGUGUGUCUCAUCCGGAAACCGGAUGCUUGAAGAAACAACACUCCUCUAGCUAUGGUAGAGGCAGGUCAGGCUGGAAGCCUCCCUAACCCUAAUCCCGUAAGAUAGAAGGUGCAGAUGAAGUUCACCAAGCACAGGAAAAAGGAGCAUGUACAUUUGUCAGAAGGCUGGCUAGUUCUUGAGGGCAGCAUGGGCUCACCUUCUUCGUGUCUGUGACGGAGGCAAUGGGAAGGGUGUAAUUCAUUUUGCUCAGUAUUCAGCAACUCUACUACUUAUGUGAGUAGCCGUUGAGUGGGUUUACAGACAGGGUCCUGCGGAAAGUGAAGGAAAGGAAUUAUCUUCCACAACUCUAAACCUCAGAGAAAGGAGUCUGACCACAUAUUUUCGUGUGUGUCUCUCAGCCCCUGCCCAGGCUAGAGCGAAAUGCUUACCCAUAAUUUACGACUGCUGCUUGUACAAGGAGUCUCUGGCUGUUCAAAUAAAUGGAGCUGAGCCCCCCCCCCCCA